AUGACUUUGCAGGAACGCGGCCCCAGAAAGGACCCUGGAAGGAGUGGGAAGGCCGAUGUGCCCCAGACUGGGGAAAGUGAAGAAGCUCAGGAGGAAGAUGCUGGGGGCCCUGAGAGGGUGUGGGCACUGUGGGGAGGGCCUCCUGGGAGGAGCCUGCAGAACCUGAAGGCCCCAUAUGAGAAGCCAGGGUAUGAGCUGGCCAGCGGCUACAACAGGGGCAGCCUGGGCUGGUGGGGUAACCUGAUCGAUGGCACGGCUGUGGCUGGAGUCCUGGGUGGCCGGGGCAGCAGGUACCUGGCCAAGCUGUCCUCGGUGGGCAGCAUCUCUGAGGAGGAGACGUGUGAGAAGCUCAAGGGCCUGAUCCAGAGGCAGGUGCAGAUGUGCAAGCGGAAUCUGGAGGUGAUGGACUCGGUGCGCCGUGGCGCCCAGUUGGCCAUUGAGGAGUGCCAGUACCAGUUCCGGAACCGGCGCUGGAACUGCUCCACACUUGACUCCCUGCCCGUCUUUGGCAAGGUGGUGACUCAAGGGACUCGGGAGGCGGCGUUUGUGUAUGCCAUCUCUUCAGCAGGUGUAGCCUUUGCGGUAACAAGGGCGUGCAGCAGUGGAGAACUGGAAAAGUGUGGCUGUGACCGGACGGUGCAUGGGGUCAGCCCACAGGGCUUCCAAUGGUCAGGAUGCUCGGACAACAUCGCCUAUGGUGUGGCCUUCUCACAGUCCUUUGUGGACGUGCGGGAGAGAAGCAAGGGGGCCUCCUCUAGCCGGGCCCUCAUGAACCUUCACAACAACGAGGCUGGCAGGAAGGCCAUCCUGACACACAUGCGGGUGGAAUGCAAGUGCCACGGGGUGUCAGGUUCCUGUGAGGUAAAGACAUGCUGGCGAGCAGUACCGCCCUUCCGCCAAGUGGGCCAUGCACUGAAGGAGAAGUUUGAUGGGGCCACCGAAGUGGAACCUCGCCGUGUAGGCUCCUCCAGGGCACUGGUGCCACGUAACGCACAGUUCAAGCCACAUACAGAUGAGGACCUGGUGUACCUGGAGCCCAGCCCGGACUUCUGUGAGCAGGACAUACGCAGUGGUGUGCUGGGCACGAGAGGCCGUACAUGCAACAAGACGUCUAAGGCCAUUGACGGCUGCGAGCUGCUGUGCUGCGGCCGUGGCUUCCACACGGCACAGGUAGAGCUGGCUGAACGCUGCAGCUGCAAGUUCCAUUGGUGCUGCUUCGUCAAAUGCCGCCAGUGCCAGCGACUUGUGGAGCUACACACGUGCCGGUGACUGCGUCCAGCCUGUGCCCAGCAACCACCUACGCGGCCCAAGGAAGGCCAAUAAUUUAAACAGUCUCCCACCACCUACCCCAAGAGAUACUGGUUGUAUUUUUUUUUUGGUUUGGUUUGGUUUUUGGGUCCUCAUGUUAUUUAUUGCCAAAAACAGGCAGGCGACCCCAAGGGCACCAACCAGGACCUCCCCAAGCCAGAGCCUUUGUGGCUGCCACUGACCAAAGGGACUUUAUUCAUGCCUCUGGCUGUCCACAUGUGACCACUGCUGACCUCUCAGCUGUUAUCAGUGUCCAUUUUUUCAUAUGCAGAUUCAAAAGUGGAUAACAAGGAGUGACUAUGGACCCCUACCAUCCAGAGAGGCUGGUUGCCCCAUGGCAGGGGCAACAGGUGCCAUCUUGAAUUCUUGUCACCUUGAAGUAUAGGAGUUUGCCCCUCUCUGCCCUAUACAUAUACAAAUUGACCCCUGGCAAUUUGAGCCUGGAAACCCUGGCUCUUAAAACUCCCUAGAAAGGGAAUGGCCAGAUACUAGGUCAAAGGCAAAGGGUUCCCUUCAGCCCUCACUUGAGCAGCUAUGUUCAACUUCUGUGGCACCUUCCAGGCAGGUGUACGGGUGAGGUGAGAACAAGAGGGCUCAGUCCCACUACAGAGGUCAGCUUGCCUCAGUCGCCCCCUUGGAAGGGGAAACUGCCCCUACUCAGCAUCUCCUAGUCAGGGUUGGGCUGCCAUCCUGAAUCAGAUCCUAGCAAGUCACACCCACAUGUGAGUCACCCUUCAGUGCUGUCCUCUGUGAAGCUGAGACUGGAAAUGUCACAGAGAGACAGGAAAGGGCUGUGCAAAGAGAUUCCAUCCCCGAUAUCUCACUCACUUAACAAAACCUAUUGAGCAAACACUGUGCCCUAGGGCCUGUCCUGGGAUAUCUCCCUUGAUUACAUUAGUCUUGGGAACAAACAUCAAGGCACAUAUCCUCUUUACAAGAGGCAGCCAUGCCCAUCAGCCCCAUAAGAGCUAGGCAGAGACAGAGCCAGGCUCCUCCUUGGCUCUGUACCCAAAGGCAGAGAUACUGCAGGUCUCCUUGAGACUGAGCAAUAGGAAGGGGGCUGUAGCUAGAAUAAAAGGUAUAGGGAGGCAGCAAGAGCCAGAGAUCACAGGCUGGGCUAGAGUCCACAUGGCUGCAAAAGGUUAGAUAAUAGGCUGGGAAAAGGGGAACAGCUGGAAGGCUGGCCAGUAGUCUCAGAAGCUGAGGUAUCUCCAUCCCCAAGUUCUCAUGGCCUGGAGGCCUUAGGUACUAUGAGUACUGCAAAAGAGUCCCCCAGAGACAGCAUCAGCAGCCAGUGCCUGACCAUGUGCAUUAACCAAACUGUCAACCUAGCUCAGCUGUCUGUGAACAGGACACGCACAGACACAACUGCUUCUCAGGUGGGUUCCUAAUCCUCAGAACUUGUCAGCCUGGUCUCUAAACUGCUCCCACGUUAGGGCUCCAAGUUUGAGAGCUUGAGCUCUUAGGAUCACCUUUGGGGGUCUGAAAGCCCAAGCUCUUGGCUGCUGGGUUGUGUGAAUGCAAAGUUCAAGAUUCUGAAUAUGGCCUCAGGCCUGCACAAACUCUACUCUGGGCCUGUGGUCUGUGCCUCUUGGCAUUGGCUCCCUCAUGAAGAGGGUCAAUACCCUUGGCCCCCAGCCAAACUCUCUGCUCAUGGCCCAUUCAAGGAGGAAGUCAAAACCAAGGGAGAUGCUGGAGUCACAUUCAAAUGCAAGAAUAAUCCUGGGCAAGCUGGCUCUGAUGUGGAUGAAAGCUGAGCUGACCAAGGGUCUCCACAGCUGCCCAGCUGGGCCCCCUGCCCCUCUGGGGGACUUAGUUCAGCUGCCUUCCCAGCACCAGGGAAACUACUACCCCUCUCCAGCAGAGCCAAAUCCAGUAAAGGAAGCAGUGGAGUUGUCCCCUCCAGAAACAGUUGCACUAUGGGAGCCAUGGGUCCAGGCUGCUUACUGAUUCAAUGGACACUGUCCCAAGAAGGUGGGUACCUGAGCUCCUCAAAACAGAUCCUCUUAGAGUUCUGCAGGCUGUGACCAGGUGAAUCAGACCACGAGCUAGGAACCACUGCCAAGGCCCAGUUCCAAUCUAUCUCAAAUACGAAGAGCUGACACAGCUCACCAUACUUGGUCACACAGCACCCAGGAAGCUGGCCAGAAGGUUCACAUCCUACCUGAACCAUUCUUCACUGUUCUUGUCACAAGGCAAAAGUGGUAUCCUCUGAGGCCAGGGCUGGAUAAACCCCAGCUCUGGAUGCUGCUACCCCACUCUGCUGCCCUGCCCCAUCCUCCAGUUUUUAUACAAGGCUCUUUGGCAUUGUGAUGUCCCCGUGGCAUAGUCUGAUGCACGAUAAAAUGAUUAUUUCUUUA